AUGGCUUUUUCCAUGGCAAAAGUCGCAAAGCAUCUACGGGGUAUCGUACGGAUUCCCCCAUAUUGGCGGUCAUUCACGCCUCGGGAUCCUCCAGAGGACGAGGUUCUGUGCAUUCGGCUCAUAACAUCUCCGCCCUUCGAAGGUACCGAUGGCCCCUGGCUCCAGGAAGUCACCGUCAGCGCCGUCUUCAACAAGAGCUGCGUGGCCUUUUGCACAGCUCUCCUGAUAAAGGAGGAACACUACAUCAGCGACCACGUCCACUUCUUCAAUGCGAUGGACGACGCGGGCGGCGAUCCCAUGAGUGACCUCGCUCACUUGAUACUCUGGUCCGAGCAGCGGUGGAUCACUUUGCGUAACUUAAAGAUGGACCGCAUUACAAAGACGAGAUUACGGCCUGCGUUGAACGCCAGAUGCCGCCAUAUGGCAGGGGAGAUUCCCAGAUAUUGUCAGCCAAGGCUUUACAAACCAAAGCCAGGCACCCCGGGACUCUACGCUAUCCCUCCGAAGAGAACCUGGGCUCUUUAUUUCAACUACAUUGAGGUUCAACACGACUUUCGUCGCUACGGCAUCGGAUGGGAAAUGGUGAGGAUGGCCCUCGAGCAAGUUCACCUCCGCGCCAGGGGGGCAAACCGACACCUCCUAGCAGCUGUCCAACCUCAACUCUUAUACACCUUGAACCUGGUCAUUGACAGGGACCACCAGCAACAAGAACGUGGGGUGGUCGAGUCACAGCAGUUCUGGCUUGCUAUGGGAUUCCAGAAGUUUAUAAAGAGUCAGGCUGAUGGAUCAAACUGGUAUUUCUGGAGUGAUUCCUUUACACUCCCCAAAGAAAGAGACAUCCACAAUGGCGACGACUUGAACAUGAAUAUGGAGUAUGGUACCCUUGGCUUCGACAUGGACACCGAGGACAACAGCGAUUAA